AUGAUUAUUUCUCAUCUAAAACCUCAAUUUACUGAUCGAUUUUGGUCAGAAAAAAACGAAGGUUAUUUAAAUUUAUAUGAAUCACUGGUGAGAAAUGAAGAAACUGUUCAUAAAUUUUUAUCAUAUGUUCGUGAAGUACUAAAUUUUGAAGAUUUAUCAAUAAAAAAUUUGGAAAAAUUAAUUAACCGAUCCUCUGAUUUAUCAAAUUGUGGUAGUAAUUUUGAUGCAACUUUUUCUCUUAUCAAAGCAUGUAAUGCAGCAAAAAAAGAGAGUAAAGCUAAUCUUAUAGAAGGGCUUUCAAGUUUAGUAAAAGAGAUAACAGAUCAUCUUUGUGAAGUAAGUAAAAAUAGGAAAGCAAUAAAAGAAUUAAAUGUAUCAAACAUUUUUAAAGAAAUGUCAAUUGCAAAACAUGAUUUAGAGAAGGCAGAAGAUUUAUAUAAAUCAAGAUAUGAGGAUCUUCUUACAUUUAAUAAGACUAAUGGAACAGCUAAAGAAUGUAACAAACUUGAAAAUAAAGUUAAAAAAGCAAAUGAUGAAUAUAAAAAUUCAGUAGAAAAAUAUAAUAAACUACGUGAAGAAUAUGAAAAUAAAAUGAUAUUUGUUGUUGAAAGAGUUAGUCAAUAUUUAGAAACUCAUUAUAUAAAGAUGAAAAAUUUUAUAAGUAAACUCGCAAAUAAUUAUAGCUCAUCAGCAACAUUAGAUUCUAUAAGUACAUCAGAUUUAGAAGAUUCAUUAAAAGGAAUAGAUAUUAUAGCUAUGCUUAAUAAUUUUGUUGCUGAACGUAGUACAGGAGGAAUAAAACCUGAAAAAUAUGUAAUACAGGAAAAUAUACUUUCACAUGAUAGUCUUGAAAUGCCUCCAUUACUUCCAUUGUCUAAUUCUCUUGCUUCAUCAACAAAUUCAUCAGCCAAAAUACCACCAUUAUCAAAUGAUAUAACAAAUCAAUCAAAUAUUCCUGAUCUUUUAACUUUAGAUCUACCUGUUCAUGUUGAUAAUAAUUUAACUGAAAAAUGUGGAGGAUUAGAAUCUGUUAAAGAAAAAACAUAUGAUAGUACAUCAAUUAGUGGUUUUAGUGACAAUGGAUUAUCUAAUUUAAAUUCUACACAUGAUUUAUAUAAAAAUAUACAAUCUCAAAAUACUGUUUUAAGUAGUAAUUUGGUUAAGAAAAAUCCAAAUAUGUCAUUUAAUCAUUCAAUAGAUAAUCUUCCACCUGAAAACAGUGACUCAGCAAAAAAUAGCACUAUUACAAAUAUUGAGUCAACAACUAAUAUUCAACCUGCUGAUAACAUUCCAUCUGGUAAUACACUUUUAUCCAAUAACAAAUUAUCACAACAAAAUGAUUAUGAAGUCGAUAGUGAAGGAUAUACAAUAAGAAAAGAAUCAACAAAUGAAAAUUUUUGUGAAUCAGAAAACUUUGAUUCCGAUUCAUCAGAUGAUGGAGAUUUUGGUAGAACAAAACAUGUUUUCAAAAAGUUAUAUAUAAAAUCAAAAGAUGAAAGUGUACCUCGAAUAAGUCAUGAAAAAUCAUUAGAAGCUAUCAAGGAAUCAAUGGGAAACAUAAAUAAAUCAUGGUUACAUUUAUCAAAAAUUCCAACUUCAGAAAGUAUAUCACCUACAUUAAAUCAGAAUCCUUCUACUUCAACGUUUUCACAAAGUUUCACUUCACCAUCAUUACAACAUUCAUAUGCUAAAAAAGAAAUGAAAACAACAUUAUCAUUUGAAUGUGAAAAAUUUUUAAAGGAUUCAUUUACAAGUUUAAAUAGUAGUACAAAUAAUCUAACAACGUUUAAUAAUAGUAAUUCAACAAAAUUAAAUCCAAUAGCUAGACCAAGGCCACGACCAAUGAGUACAACAAAUAUAUUUUCAUCAAAUUAUAAUAUUUCAUCUCCUGCCAUAUCAGAAACUGUUAUUAGUGAAAAUGAAAGUAAUUUUAGUGAAAAAAAUAUAUCAGAUAAUACAAGCCCUCUUGAGAUUACAGUUGAUAAUAUUAAAAAUGUAUUUGACGAUAAAUAUCCAUCUAAUACAUAUUCAUUUAAUUAUAACUUUAAUAAUGACCAAGAAUCAUAUCAUCAUAAAACAUACAGUAAUUCGUUAAAUAGUGAUUUUUCUACACCAUCAGAGAAAGGAUCAUCACUAGUUUUGUUUGAUACAUUAUCAAAAAAAGAAUGUUUAAGAAAAACUUCCUCAGUGGAUAACAGUUAUCUAUUUAAACCUCAUUUUAGUGUUGUUGAAACAGUUCACGUUCAAGGAAAACCAGAUAAUAAUUUUAGUGAACACAAAAUGUGUAUAUAUGGAGUCGUUUGGAUGUCUGUUAGAAAUGAAUUAUUCAACAAAAUAAAUAAUCCUGAGAUAUUUAAUUUAUUUACUGAUAUAAAUUUAAUUUUAGAGACAAAAAAAAUUAUUAAAAAUUGGAAAAUGAAUGAAAAAGUUUUAGUUUCUGUUAUAAAAGAUACAACAGAUAAUAGUAAUUAUAAUGUUAAAAUAGGAAAAAUAAAAUUAAAAAAUUGGUUAGAAGAAUGUCAUUUAAAAAAUCCAAAACAACCAUUUUAUUGUAUUGAAAUUCUUCGCUAUGAAUUAACACCUGACAAUAUUGUGCCACCAUUUAUAAUCUCACCAAGAAGAAAAAUAACUAAUACCGAACUUUUAUUUUACAUGAAAUGGUUAGUAAAUCCAAAUCAUCAAAAUGAUUUACGUGUUGUUAAUGUUAAAAAAUUUACUGCAAAAUUACUAUUUAGUGAUAUAAAAGAUAUAAAAAUUAAAUCUAUUGAUCCAUUUGGUGCUAUACAUGCUGUUGAAAAUGAAAUUGCUUGGGAUGAACAAGCAUUUAAGACAUCUUAUAUACGAGAAGGUGAAUUUAAAGCUAUUAUUUUAACAAAUGGUAAUCCAUUGAAUUCUUUGCGUGCCUCUAUAUCAUUUGAAAUAUCUGGUUCAUGCUUUUCUUCAAUGAAUAUACGAAUUGAUAAAAAUGAUAAUGCUUAUAAAGUUGCUGAAAUUCGUCAUACUAUUAAAUCAGGAAAAUAUUAUUCAUCAUGGUUGGGUGAAUUGUCAUAG